AUGCGUAGUACUACAGAGGAAAAUAGCCCUUUGGUCGAUUCCAGUGAUCGGCAUUCAACACGAUCUUACAACACGGUCACCGACAAUGUUGCAUCUCCCUUUGAAACCGAUAAACGGAUAGGCGUUAGCCUUGCAACUCUCACUUUAUGCCUUGCAAUCGGUUCAUGUCUCCCUGGCUUGGAUACAUCCAUUGUCUACACUGCAAUGAGCCGCAUUGGCACUGAUUUCGAAAGCUCAAACCAGAUCGCAUGGAUCCAAAGCAGUUAUACCCUUUGCUCGCUCAUCACAUUGCCUAUAGCUGGAAAGUUAUCUGAUAUUGUUGGACGACGACCGGUAUUGUUGACCUUGACGACAUUAUUCUUCAUUGGCUCUGUGGGAUGCGGCUAUGCUAGUGAUCUCACCCAAAUGAUCGUGUUCAGAGCCAUUGCAGGCUUAGGCGGUGGUGGAUUGAAUCUUUUAGGGAACGUCGUCAUUCAUGAUGUCGUACCAGCUGAUCAACGUAAUCGUUACCUCUCUUACAUUAGCACCGUGCAGACCAUCGGCUUUCCCCUCGGAUCACCUUUGGGUGGUUUCAUUACUGAUACUUUGGGCUGGCGAUACUGCUUCAAGAUUAACAUUGUGCCAUUGUUGCUCUUAUUGUAUGUAUACACCUUCCAUCUUAAGAGCUACAAAGUAGCUGGUCAAUCACAACGUAGCCUUCGCAUGAUUGAUUUCCCUGGUAUAGCCAUGCUUGCUGGUGGUAACAUCUUGCUUGCGGUGACAUUAUUGAUGGGUGGCAACAUUCGAGCAUGGAGUGAUCCAAUCAUCAUCGGCUCUGCUAUUACCUCCUUUGGCUUUUAUGUGGUGUUCACCCUUUACCAAGCAAAAUGGGCCAAGUAUCCAUUGGUGUCACGCGUAGCUCGAUCCAACUAUAAUGUCGUGGGCUCGUGCUUGAUCAUUUUGUUGACUGGUGCAGGCGAGGCAGCCUUUUUGAUCAUGAUUCCACAAUUCUGCCAGGGUGUAAUGCAUACAUCUGCAGGUGGUGCUGGUGUUUGGGUCAUGAUUGAAGCUGUGGCAGUACCAGUGGGAUGCUUUGCAGCAGGCAAAAUCAUUGGAUACACGAGUGGCCGAUUCUACAAGCAUCUCCUUCUUUCGGCGUUAUUGUACUCUUUGAGCUUGAUAGGUGUUGCAGAAUGGAUGGCAACUCGAAUCACCUCGUUGAUGGUCGCUGGAUUGUUCGUUUUGGCAGAAGGAUACACGUAUGGCGCACUUUUGGUUUCAUUGUAUACAGCCGUUGCAAGUGAUUUGCCAAGUGAAGAGGUUGCAUCUGCUAUGUCCAUGGUCAUGAUGGCUCGAUACAUGGGCUACUUAGUUGGUGUGGCAUCAUGCUCUGCUAUUGUUCAAGGCAGCCUUAAGAUGAUUUUAUCCAAUAGACUUUCAGGCCCUGAUGCAGCAGAGCUGGUUGAGUUUAUUCGCACAUCCAUUGGCAAGGUAUCAUCCUUGCGACCCGAAAUUCAAGAAAUGGUUGCUCAAGCACUUGCCACAUCUUUGGAGCGAGCUGGGUGGGUAGCUGCUGCUGUAACUGCAACAGCUAUUUUGAUCGCUAUCCGAAUGAAGGAUGUGAACAACAUAAAGUCAACGGACUAA